AUGGCGAUGCGUCAACUCGUCUCUAUACUUGGCCUACUCUUCCUCCUGCUCCUCCACCUCGUCACGUGGUGCAGCAGCCACGCCCCGGCUUCCCCACUGAAUGUGCGCGUGGAGUCUCGAGACCUGCUGACACAACUCCGCUGGGAACCAGCUGACGUGAACCCCGCCACCAGCAGCGUCACCUACAGAGUGGAGAGCAAACUCUAUGGACGAGCCCACUGGCGGACCGUCUGCGCUGCAACAACAGAGACUCGGUGCGAUGUCUCCUCAGCUCUGCGGCAUCCCGGUGACCGCUAUCACCUGCGCGUCAGAGCCACCGUUUCAUCGUCAUCACCGGGGGCCUCACCAAUCUCCUUGCCCUGGGUCGUGGUUGAGGUCUUACCCUUGGAGACAACUGUGCUCAGCGCUCCUACGGUCACCGUGACGCUCCACAAGAGACUGACGGUGCAGGAGGAGGCUGGUGGUGACGAGGAGGAGGAGGAGUGCCGUGUUGAGGAUGAGGACACCGAAGACGAUGAUGACGAUGAUGACUACGAUGACGACUACGAUGACAACUACGAUGAUGACGAUGAUGAUGACGAUGACGAUGAUCACGAUGACGUCGCUGAUGAUGCGGACCGUGUCAAUACCCACCACGGUGAUGACGACGAUGACCAUCACCACGGCGAUGAUGAUGACGAUGACGACGAUGAUGGUGUGGACCGUGUCAACACCCACCACGGCGUUGAUGAGCACGACGAGGAUGACCACGAGGAUGAGGAGGAGGAGGAGGGAGAGUGGUGGGAGCUCUCCGUGGCGGUCUCCAUGACGAGUGGCUGGAGGAGGAGAAUGGCGCGGAGUGACGUGGUGCAUCACCAGCAGGCAGAGGUCUUCACGAGGGGGGGCACAACCAUCACGGAGCGCUUUGUAGGAUGCCGCUUCCGCCACGCGGUGCCUCCCCCUAGAGGCGCUACUGAGUACUGCGUCCGUGUGAGGAUCGUAGCUGACUACCCCCGGUGGAAGACAGGGGAGUGGUCUCCACCAGUCCUGUGUCUCGCUGCUCCGAUCUCCAUGUUGGCCACAGGAGACGCGGUGUCCGAGGGAGACACGGCCACGCUACGCUGCACGGCGUCCGACAAUCCGGAUUUGGACCCAAUUCAGUGGAGCAACCCUCACGGGCACACACUCUACUUCCAGAGCGUCAAGGCCCACACGGACCCGCGUGUCUCUCUGCUGCACUGGAGCUCCACCAGGCUGGACCUCGCCAUCUCCCGCGUCUCCACGCUGGACCAGGGGGUCUACAGCUGCUCCCUCUUCAGCCUGGGGACCCCCACGGCUAACGCCCUGCUCACCGUCAGUAUGCGCUUGAUGUUGACGCUGAUGGUGACGCUGAUGGUGGCGGUGGCGGUGCCGUUUCUGGCGCCCUUCCUGCUGGGCACCGCGUGGGGCAUUUGGAGCGCCGCCGGCAAGCGUCCCGAGUGA